GAUUGAAGUUUGACUCGGAGGGGAUCGAGUCAGUCGGAGGCGGUCGAUACCCGACUCCGCGGCGCUUCUCCCUUUUCAAUGGCGGAACCGUCGCGGAAGCCCGACGUCUCUCUUCCUCCUCCACCGGCUGUCGCCCCGCCGCGGGGCGGCGAUCGCGACUUCCUCCUCCACCUCGAAGCCUACCUCGCCCGCCGCGACGGUGUCGACAAGCUUCUCAAGAUCUCCCGCUACGCCGCCAAGAUCGCCCUAUCCGCCCCUUCUUCCCCCAUACCCCCAGCCCUCGCUCCCCGCCUUAAGGCCUUCGAAUCCAGUGUUGGCCUUAGCCGCAAGGCCUUCCGCCUUGGCAAGUUCGUCCAGGAUCUCAACGCCCUCCGCGCCGCCACCGGUGGCGCCCUCAACCCCACCGAUCGCCUCCUCGCCGCUGUCGCCUACGGCGGGGAGGGCGUCUACUACUUCGUGGAGCAGUUCGUCUGGCUCUCCAAGGCAGGCCUCAUACCCGCGGAGCUUUCGCGGCGGUUUCAGAAGAUCAGCGCUUGGGCGGAGCUCAUCGGCUACUUUGGCAGCGUCGCUUUGAAGGCUAGGGAGCUGCGAAAGAUCGGUUCUUUGAUCCAAUCGCGAAUCGAGAGCGGGAAAUCAGCCGAUUGCGAUGAGGAGAUCAGGAAAUUGAGGACGAAAUUGCUGUUGAAGCAGCUCUCGGUCAUUCAAGACCUCGCCGACGGUCUGAUGGCUCUCGGCGACGUGAGGGAUGGGGAGGGGUUCCUCUCGAGUUCCCUGCUGAUGGCUUCGGCCGGCCUCCUUUCAGCUCUCAUCAGCACCCACAAGAAUUGGACUUCUUGUUGACCGGGAGGUAGGUAUAAGAUGCGAAUUAGGAAAACUUGCAGAAAGAGAAUUUGGAAGAAGAGAGUGACUAAUGGUGGGAUAUUACCAUUCCUCAAAUUCAUAUACUUCAUGAACUUCUCCCCAAGCUGCAUUUUCAAAAAGUACAUGUACCCUGCAAAUUACAUGGUUUUGAAAAUGUUCGUGCUCAUGGAGGAGUGUAUUCAGGUGAUUCAUUUGAGUUGUAAUUUUUCUUUUGUUGAUUAGAUGAUUCCUGGUGAAUUAUUUCAGUCUGAUGUUAGGUUUGGGAGUUUACUCAUAUUCUAUUGUUGGAUCAAGUCUGGAUGUGUACGAUUAAGCUGAGGUUUCUUCUAACUAUUGAAUUGGCUAGUUCCAGUUUUUGAAUUAUAGGAAUGCAUACCACUUUGUUAUUGGAUGUGAGUUCUUGAUGCUAUUUAAAUCUCCAUUCUGCAACUAGUGCAAAGAGAUACAUUAAGGUCAUUUCGUUUUGAUUAUGAUUAAUGUUGACUUCGGUAAUAUUGUAGCCAUCCUAUCUCAUGAUAAAGAGUUUUCUCAAAGAAAGCUAUUGAUCAGUGAAUACUCUGGUAUCAGCAUGUUGUGCAUUAGCAGUACAUAGGGAAAUAGAAGAGAGACCAAAUAUAGAGUGGAUGUGUUGUGCCCACAAAGUUUCAAAAGGGUGUUAUUCUUUUGCCAAAAAGGAGAAAACAUAUUAGAAAGGGUGUUAUUCGUUUCCCAAAAGGAGAAAACAUAUUAGAAGUGUGAGCUCAAGAAAUGACAAAUAGUAGGAAUAUUUGGUGAAGGCCAAAUUUCAAGAAGAGGCAAUCAUAUCCAUGAAUAUGCUUAUCGAUUCUGAGUUGAGUUUGUUGAACACAUCAUGGUGAAGAAAGUCAAUAGAAUCUAAGGUUUUUGCAAGACAAAAUUAUGUUGCUCUAAGGUUUGUCCUGCAUUAAUGGUUCAUUUCCUAUGCAUGAUCACCACUUGUUGAAGAUGUGGCUGUUUGAGAUUUGCAACUGAUCUUGAUUAAUAAUGUUGAGAUGCAUGCGAUACUUCCAUGGGUGCUUGGAUGCUCGCUGGAGUCCAAUUCGGAAGAGAUCCUGUACUCAAAUUUACUUAACAAUAUGCAAGCAACUUAAAACAAUUACAUCAUGACUGCCACUGCUUAAAAAAAAUCUGAAUUCUUACAAGAAAGGUUAUGCCAUAUAAGAUACCACCUCAUAUUUCCCUUGAUGUGAGCUAAGUUAAUUUGGGUUUUUAUUGUAUCCUGUAGCGAUUGAAGUGGGAUUUUUUUUUGACGGGAAUAUUAGUAUUAUUUUAAAAUGAAAAGAUGGAAUCUCCAUGAUUUGAUUGUUUCUUUUUUCUACUUCAGAGCUUUUGAGAUGUGUUUUGACUAUUGAAGGGACAAGAUACUUGAUUUAAGAUCAUAAAAGACUAGGGAUCACAGAGUUAAAAAAAUCUAAAUAGAAUGUAACCUACAAAUGCCAUUUAAUAAUUAGUAGCAAAAUUGUGCUUGCUUAUGCUUGUUGUACCUAGGAAGACUAAUACUAAUGACUUCAAUCCCACUACAUUUAUGUGUUUAAGGAGCAAUGAGCUGUUGUGUAUAAGUUUUGGGCGUUGCUUUGCUGAUGUGAUUAAAGUAACAAGAAACCUUAUCAUCUUUUGGGGAUUCUUUGGGUCUAGCCUUUCAUAACUUUCGAAUUGCUGUGGUAUAUCCAACUGGUAGCUGGAUGCAUGGAAAAAAUUUUUAGAUUGUCAUGGAAGAGAAGGUAUAAUAUAAUUGUGUCUAAUGUCUUCUAUAGAUUUCAUUGUGUUGUUAUAAACUUCUCCAUGCAAAAAAUUUUAGUUGCCUCUUCACUUCUCGAGUAAAAAAUCAUUAUAGCUAAGCUUAUAAACCAGUGACUGUAAAUUGUCGAUUAUACUAAGAUCAGUAACUGCUCUGGACUUUUGGACAAUGCCAGCUUGAAUAGAGUCCAAGAUGUCUCCAUUUUAGUAGAUGUUACUUGGAUUUGCAUAAUUCUUCAUGAAACUGUCAUGAGAUCUUUGCCACACUUUUACUGCAUACAUUUUGUUAUAGAUCUGAUGAACUUACCAAUGUUUUCAUUCUUCAUACGCCUAUCAACAAUUUCAAAAUUCCUGAAGAAUUGUGUUAAUGAAUCUCCAUGUAUAUAUAAUCGGCUGGAUCAUUUUAUUUUAAGUUUUAGGAAUGAUUGCAGGAACAAAAUGAAAUACAAAAAAGAAAUUGUUGGGCAUUGCACUUGAGUUUCUGCUUGUAAUAUCUAUUGUUUAUCGAUUGUGUCAUACCAGAAUAGAGACCAACCAAUGGCUGAAGCAGGAUGAGCAUCUUCAUCCUGUAAUUGGCAACAAAAGACAAGACUUAGGUAGUAACAAAAUAAGAAAAUUUACUGAUCCCUGAUGAAACUCGAUAACAUUCUUUUUCAGCAAUUUUACUCUAGCAUUCAAACAGAUAGCACAAUACAUAUAUUCAAGGGACAUUUUACUUGCUGGUAUCCUCUUCUAAGUUAGUGUUCUUUCUAGAGAAAUUAUCAAAGUUCUACUUGCAGGUUAUUUGAUAAGCUAGGAGCCAAAAUUUUUAAUAGUUAAGUUCCAGUGCUUGAAUGCCUAAGAAGAGAACAGUAAAGAAAUGAAUUUUGAUAGCCACAUGAUUUAGUAAAUGUAGGAAAGAGAUAACUAAUGUCUAAGUGCACCAUGUCAAAAAGCAUUAUUAACAUACUUUAUUAACUGUCCAUCUGCAAUCAAGAACUGAUGGCUUUUACAUUAACAAAGCUCUUUGUAAAAAAUUUACUAAACAAAGUGAGCUUCCUGCUUAGAUAAUACCUGGUCUGGUUCCAACUAAUUUUAUUGAUCAAAGGAGCAUCUGCUUUCAUAAAUACUACAAAUUUCAGUUUCUUAUUUUCUUUUUCUCGCCACCAGUAGGCGCAAUUACAGUUUGUGAUUCCAAUAAUGGAUAAUGGAAAUGCAAUAUUUGACUUGGAAAAUUUCUCAUUUUUGGGAUUGUCACUUUUCUGCUGCUCCAUGAACCAGAUGAUCCCUUUAAUUCAACCUUUUUAUUCUCUUUUCUGGUUUGGGAAUAGCUUGUUCCUCAUGAAGUAAUUUGGCUUACAUCAUCUUGUGCACUCCACAAUUAUAUCUGCCUUGAAAGAUCUAGGGAGGUCUCAUUGUUGUGUAAGUGGGGAAUAAAUUGCGGUUUCUCCUGGCUAGUCCAAUUGAAUUAUGUUUUCAUCUGAUAGAUGCUCUCUGCAUUUGGCAUCACCAUCAACAGAGACCAAAGGGUUCUCUGUUCCCAUUAACCAAAUGAAUUAUCAGCAUUUUGUUCUUUUUUUUUCCACAUGUCAAACAUCAUAUCCUCUUCAAGCAUAGAACACUGAUGCAAAGCAGAAUACAAGAAGAUGUGUGUACCUCUGUCUGUUUCUUGGAUUUUGAUCCCGAGGAUGUAUUUAGUUUCAACUGAUUAAAUAAUUCGAUGUAAAUGUCAAGAACUUCCUUCAAAUUCUGUAAUGUGAUUGUUUCUUGAUAGUUAUUCUCUUUUUUGUUUCAGAAAUAUUUUUGUUUUGUGGAUUGAUGGAGUCAUUUUCUCUCUCUCUCUCUCUCUCUCUCUCUCUCUCUCUCUUCUGAGUCAAAAUAUUCUAUCAUAUUUGUCAUUUCUUAAAUAUUGUAUUUGUCAUGUACAUCCCUUCAAAUAUUAACAUCCUUUAUGCAUAUAUCGUCUGUUCACGUCCAUCCGGGAAACUUGAUCAAUACUGAGUGGGAUAUUGGUGAAGCAAUCCCUGCAUCCCUUGACGUUUUGAUGGAGUUGUGCAGGGAUCUUAGGGUUCUUCAGUGCGAGCAGGGGUGGAAGAUGAGGACGAGAGGGCUGACGCGGAAUCACAUUUAACUGUGAAGCCAAAAGGAGAAAGAAACCUAUUUCUGUUUCUUUGUUGUAUAUUGAGUUUACGAAGUGGAUUGUUUUGAUCACAGCAUGCUCGGCAUCACCAACUCCUCCAAAACCGUGCUGAUGAGUGACAAGCUGAUGAACGGAAGGGCGACUUCAAACAUAGUGUUGUUCUUUAUGAUUGAAACUUGAGAUCCCACUUAUUCACAACAGAGUACUUUAACUAGGUUGAUUCA